AUGACUAAUCUUGAUUUUCGACUCAUAAAUUAAAACACUGGUAAAAAAUACGACUAUUCUGUAAGUUAUGCUAUUUAAAUAGGUUUUGGAGAAAAUUGCAAAUCAUUUUGAAGAUAAAUUCCUAAAUCUCUAAGUUUUAAAUGGAUUUAAUUCUAAGAAGAGAUCGUAUGAAUGUCCUCAUUGUCAAAUAGAUUAUAAAGAGGUUUUGGAUUUUGUACCACAUGAUCUCUAUAUAAGAAUAAAGAAAGACUUCUAUACUCUUGCUGAUAAAUUUUCUGUUUUAAAUGGGAUUUUAUUAACUUACAUUAAAAGAAAUAAAAAAGAUUCGGUGACCCUUUAAUUUCAACUAAAAUUUAACAUUAAAUAAAAUGUUUAUAAAUAGAGAAUAAUGAAGAUCAAUUGA